UGCUACGACGCGUCGGACGUAAAAGCUGUCUAGGGCGAUCUACGCGAAUCAAAAUAUUAUCGUAAUUAGUAGUGGAUGAAGUAGUGAUGAUACUUUGAAGGUCCACAAUAAGUGAGAGUGAUAGUGCAGUGAUGAGAGUGUAGUGUUGUACUUAGCAAUGGAGGCGACAACUCUGCCCCUGGAGGCGGACGACGAGGGCAGGCCGCAGCAGGCCUCGUCCACCGGCAGCGGCUCUUCGUCUGGCGUUGGCUACUAUGGGCACAAGAAUGGUGAAUGGCGCGGCGAAAGAAGAAUGCUGGACAUCACUCGCGACAAGCCGGUGAAGGUGUGCGUGCGUGUGGUCGUGCCCGUCAGAGACCAUCCCAAAUUCAAUUUCGUGGGAAAACUACUGGGACCAAAAGGCAAUUCGCUGAAACGUCUACAAGAAGAUACGAUGUGCAAAAUGGCGGUUCUAGGACGAGGAUCCAUGAAGGAUAGACAAAAAGAAGAAGAACUCCGCAUGUCAGGUGACCCAAAGUUCUCUCACCUGUCGGAGGAGCUGCACGUGGAGAUCAGCGCGUUCGCGACGCCCGCUGAGGCGCACGCGCGCAUCGCCUACGCGCUCGCCGAGCUCAGGAGAUUCCUAGUGCCAGAUUACAAUGACGACAUCAGACAAGAGCAGAUGCUGGAGAUGCAGAUAUUAUCAUCACAGAACGAACAGAGGCGGCCCACUCCUACAGAUUCUUCUAGAAGUAACAGCGAAGAAACUCUGCCUCUACGAGACUCUAAACAGAAGGUACUAGCGGUGUCUCCAGUGACCCCGUCACUUGCGAGUGCCCCCGUGCUGCCGGUACACGCCCCAAGUGCGCGUGACUUCUCCCCGCCCGCGCCCACCCCCGCCCCUGAACAUUUACCGCACCAUCAGAUAACAAGUCCCUCUAACCACGGAGUAUUAGUCGGGGGAGGGCUUAUACAACAACCGCCUACACAUCAUCUACUUACACAAAGUUCGAUACUUGGUGUUGGGUCGGGUGCUCACACCCGCAAGCGGCCGCUGCUGGGCGGCGCGCGGGGCGCCAUCUCGCCGACUAAGCGCGCCGUGCUGUCGCUGCUCGCGCGCGCGCGCGCCGCCACGCACAAGCACGCGCACGAACACCCAGCACUUCUACCAGUCUUGCGGGAUGACUUCGUGACCGGCGUCAAUAUCAACCUAGCAUAAUAUCUAGUCAAAGUAUUAUUAGGAUAAUGUUAUGUAAAUAAUUUCUGUAAAUAGGAAGCUUAGCUUUUUAAAAUCCCCAUCGUCGACCCAAAAAUAAAAUUGUUUUAUUACAAUGUACCUGAUUGUAGACUAUGAUGUACUUCUAAUGGGCCCUCUACACAUUGGGCAGCGUUGGCCCAACAAAUGAUCGUCGAUGUUUGCCGCCAUUACGGCGAUUAUGAAAAAACUAAACAUCUAUAAUAACGGCCGAUCAUAGACAUUUAGGCCCUCUACACUAUCGUGAUUGCCUCUACUCGCCCAACACUGCCCAUUGUGACAAGGGCCCAUCAUAAACUCUAUAAGUCACAAAUAAUAUGUUAACACCAAAAAUCCGUAUACUGUUCUAGAGAAUUAUAGCAUAAUAUCUAUACCAAAAGUUAACUGCUAUACGAUAGUUCCCGGAAACCUACCUAGUAUUUAGAUCAAGAAGAUCAUACGAGCAAUUUUCUUAUAAAUCAUAAUAAAGCUAUUAUAGGGAAUUAGAUUGAAUAUUUAAUGUGAUACAAGACCAAAAAAUUUAAUAAAUUUUAGUUUAUACAAUAUAGAAGAAAUUUACUUUAAUUUAUUACGCCCACUUCUAUGAAAUUCAGAACAUUUUACUUGUUAACCGACUUCAAAAAAAGGAGGAGGUUAUCAAUUCGGCCGGUAUUUUUUUUUUCUGUAUGUACACCGAUUACUUUAAUUUAUUACGCCCACUUCUAUGAAUUUCAGAACGUUUUACCUAUAUUCUUAAUAAUUUUUUUCUUGGAAAUUUUUCGCGCAAUUGAUAAAAUAACUAGCAUUAAAUAAAUUCAUUAUUAAAAUUAAUCAAUGAAUAAUUCCACAUAAUAUUCAUGAAUUAGUUGAAGAAUUUUUAAUAUGAAACUUGCUCUAAAAACUAAUAAAGUGUAUGUUGCAGGCAUAUUGUAUAUUUUCCAUGUUAACAAACGACUCGGCAUUUUGUAUUAUGUCGGAAUUCGGAAUCAAGUUUUUUUUGUUGCAUUAAACGGGUGGAUUAGGUUGCUACUAUUUUAAAAUUACGAGGAUACAUUAACUUAUUGUAAAGUAAUGAAUAGUAAAAAUAAAUAAACUGGCUCUUUGUGGAUGUUUUGCAAUGGAAUGAAUGAAGGAAUGGAGAUGCCGAGCGUUGGUACACUGACUAUGGCUGUGCUAGGGCGUUUGUGAGAGGCAAAAUAAUACAAAUUGACUGCAACAUGGACACCAUUCAUAGUAUAUAGAGCUAGCGCGCAAAAGCAACUUUUGUUUCCGCAACUAUUUUGUCUCUCCCAACAACUCUAUGGGGAGUUUCGUCGCUACGUGCGCGCACUUUCU